AUGCCUACCUAUUUCGCGCGUGGCCUGUCGGUGAGACUGAGCGCGACGCCGCUCGAAGACUCGACUACACAGAAAAUCAUACUAAGGAAGGGCGACGCAGCCAAGCAGCAGUCUGAAUUGGCUGAAAGGAGGCUCCUAGAGAGGAAGUUGCUGAAAGAGGAAGUCGUGCCUUUCCCCGAUGAUGAAUACGCUUUUCAGCUCAAUUGGGUCGCAAACGCACCUUUCAUGCAGACUCGGGUCAAGAACGAUGUAUAUGACAAGACGGAAGCGACGACAGGUACGCACCUUGUCCACAUCCCCGAUAACAUUACUGCGAUCGACCGCAGUUUCACAGAUGCCGCCUCACUCAGCGAACCGAAAGCACUUGCCCUCCACGUUAAUCUCUCCGACAAGACCUACGUCUCUGGCCUCUACAAUCAGAGAACAUCCCUCAAGAUCGAGGUCUUCUUCAACGGGACGCUCUCCGCCUGUCUAUUUAUACCCACCCACGAUGUCAGGUCCGGAGCGAAAAGUAACCAUCAGGUCUUCGGGGGAACCAGGAUCGACUUCCUUGCUGAGCGACCUUGGGUGAUCCUGUCGCCUGAAGUGGCAGCAGACGGCAAUACUAGGAAGAACACCGCAGUGGUUUCAGUUGAGCAGCGAUGGCUACACCUUUGUCAAGCGCUCCAAAUCGAAGCGCGAGAGCGAGGCCAAGACGAAGAGGGCAACAGGCCUCCCACUGCUGACUUCCUUUGUGCGCUUGCGACAAUGCAAAUGCCGGACCAAGUGCGCAAUAUGCAGAAGCCGGGUGGAAAGACUUUUGGCAUCAUCGAUGUGAUCAUCACUGCUGGCGAAGGUAGAAAGCUCACUAGCGGUGUAGGCUAUCUGAAAGCACCGAAGCGCAUGGUUGAUGAGAGCUACCCAUUCGUCAUCGAUGUGGAUGCAGAAGGAGAUAGCGAUCCGGACUAUGAUUCUUACAGCAAGAGACAGGCUCUUCAGUCAAGAGUACGCUUGACACAGGACAUACCACAUGUUCCAUCAUCGGCUCUACAGCACCCGGCCAUGGGUCCUUUGAUACCGUUUAUCCCACCACCUCUCCAUAUUGAACCAAAGACUACGGUGCUCCAAGCACCAGAAAUAACAGGCCCAGAUUGGCCGUCGUCAUCAGGUCUUGCACGAGUACAUGCACAGGCUCAUGAGCAAGAAAGAGCAUACAAGCAACAAGUGGACAUCACGUCGCAAGCAGGCCUUAGUCCGAAGAUGAUGUAUCCAGAUAUUACUCCAUACUUACAGACGCCCCAAAUGCGUCUCUCACCAUAUGUCGUUCAAUUCUCAGAUCCAACUCUAGCAGGAAUUACGCCUAGUGAUCUCAUGCGUCAGAUCCCGUUCGACAACGACGGCCAAUCUUCCAGUCCGCUGAGUCGCUUUCCAAUGAACCUCCAGGGCCCAGGUCAUUCGGCUGUGUCAUCUUUCCCUCCAUUGAUACCAGGACUUGAACAUAACUCCUCAAUGUCCGGUCUGUAUGCAUACUCCUCGUCUAAUCAACCAUGCAGUAACUUUCCUAAUAUCCAUUUCUCACUCCCAAACUACAAUAUGUCUGGAACCGGCCAUUCUUUCGCUGGGAGAUCUGAGGUCUACAAGCCGAACAUGUUGCCACAGGCUACAGCUUUUGCUGGGCUUCAGAAGUCUACGCCGCCGCAAGUGCCCUUUCUGCCGUUCGACCGCCGACUAUCGCUGCCAUUACCGCCAGCAGCUCUAUACUCGGUACCUACAAAGCCAAAGCGAAGUCUCUCUCCACAGAAAGCUUCUUCCUCACAAAAGACAAAGAAGGCGAAGUUCAGCGUCGAGGUCAAACGCUUGGUAAUUCAUGGACAAAAGUAUUCGAUAUUGGUGGACCACCGAUGGGACCCUGCACAGCAUAUUGGCGUGUCUCUCAAUAGCCCAGCUAAACUUGGAACUCAAGAGACAGUGACCCAUGGCGACAAGGAACACGCAAAUCCCGUUGAGCAGGGAAGGACGUUCACAGGCACUUCCAGAACACGGAAGAGUUCUGUCCGGAAAGGAACACCAGCACCCGCAUCAUCUUCAGAGCACGAAAAUCCAGACAUAUCUGUGGCUGUGGACAAGCAUCAGCCAAUCAGUGCUUUCCAAGCAAACGCCUUGACUGGUCAGCACGCUGUUAAUGCUAAGAAAUCCAAGCUGAAGCACGAGCCGGAGAAGGUUGCGAAGGCCAGGUCCGAUAGUGAUCAGCCUGGUACCGAUAUGAGCAAUCAAAAUCUGCGUGUCACAAAGGAAAGAUCUUCUCGUCGCACAACCUCUAGUAACGGCAUACUCGGUGUACAAGGCCCGAAGGCAAAUCCAAUCUGGUUUGAGGAUCCAGAAGAAAUUUUGCGUGAGGCAUCUGCGCGACUGCGACAAUGUCGACCUUCUAAAAAGCAUGGAAAUGCAUCUGAUGUGGCAGUGCUGCCUAACACCGUAGUGCCGACUGUUCAAACUCCCAAAGCAUGGGAUACCGAUACAUCAUCCCCUCUCUCGAGCCUCCAUACGACCCCUGAGCCCGAGAUGGAACCUACUACACACACAAGUUUGCCUCAAGCACCCGUUGAGUCAUCUCCUGCUCCCAUACCACAGGCAGAUGGCUCACCCGAGCGCAAAACCACACCUAAACGUCGACGCGGCAAUCACGUUCCAUCCCCAAUGAAGCUCGCUUCAACUUCUGCAACACCCCAACUUUCACUUCACAAUCCCUUCUCAUCCCAGUCUUCAGCCUCGAAGAAGCGCAAAAUUACUCACCGUACCUUGCCCAAGGAGCCGCGCAGCCCCGACCGCCUGAAGACCAACGACAACCCACCGCUGAACAGGGACUGCGUAAUCGCGUAUGCGGAGAGCAAGGACAAGAAGAACAAACAAGGUAUCCUAAGGCAGGUCAAGAGCGAGAGGUUCGGAGUGUUUACAGAGAGUGACGUCGUCUUUGCAGCGAGGUUCUUUGUUGAGGAUUAA